AUGCAGAGGCCAACCCAGCUGCGAGACGUCCAGAAGUUCACCGGGUGCUUGGCAUCUCUCAAUCGGUUCAUCAGUUGGCUGCGCGAGAAGGCCCUCCCACUGUACCAGCUGAUGAAGAAGACCACUUGCUUCAAGUGGACUGACCAGGCGGACGAGGCCUUCCUCCAGCUCAAACGGAUGCUGUCCACGCCGCCUUUUCUGGCCGCUCCGACUGCUAAGGAGCCCAUGUACCUCUACAUCGCCGCUACCAGUCGGGUGGUCAGCACCAUGAUCAUGUUCGAGCGCCUGGAAGAUGGCAAGGCUCAGCCGGUCCGGAGGCCGGUCUACUACCUGAGCAAGGAGUUGUCCGCCUCCAAGCAAAACAACCCCCACUACCAGAAGAUUGGGCACUUCGACGGGUGUGAGUUCCUCCAUGUGCCACGAGCCGACAACGAGCAAGCCGACGCCCUGGCGCGGAUUGGCUCCACCCCACAAGCCAUACCAGCUGGCGUCUCCCUCCAGUGCCUGCGUAAGCCGUCUAUCAAGCCUUCUCCGGAGUCAGAGUCCAUCUUUGUGCCGGUUGACCCCGGAGCAGUCGGAUCCAUCUCGGGGACUUCAGUAGUUGGCCCGGGGACUUCAGCAAGCGGCCCAGGGGCUACAACACCCGAACCCAGCCCGGGGAUUGCAGCAGUCGGCCCCGUGACUUCAACGACGCAGCAAGCAGCGACCGGCUCCGACCCGCCGCCUCCCAACCCGACCGCUGUGGUGCCGGUUGCUGUCAUGACAGUGGUAGAAGCUCCAUCUUGGGCGCAGCCCAUCCUCAACUUUCUGGUGAGCCGAGAGCUACCAGCCGACGAGAUCUUGGCCCGGCAGGUGCAACAUCGGGCGGCAGCAUACACGAUAGUCAAUAGAGAGCUUGUCAGGCGAAGCGUGACUGGUGUCUUCCAGCGCUGCGUAGAGCCGGAGAAGGGCAUGGCCAUCCUUAGGGACAUUCAUCAAGGCAAAUGCGGCCCCCAUGCCGCCUCCAGGUCUCUUGUGGCCAGAGCCUUCCGCCACAGUUUUUUCUGUCCGACUGCUUUGGACGACGCCAAGAUGUUUGUCCAGAAGUGCAAAGGGUGCCAGAAGUUCAGCACCAAGCAACACCAGCCAGCCUCCGCCCUCAAGACCAUCCCCAUCACUUGGCCAUUCGCCGUAUGGGGAUUGGAUAUGCCGUCUGACAGCAGCUUCUCCCCCUCGGCCCAGUCCGAGCGCUCGGGCUCGAACUCGGCCUUAAGGAGUGCCUCCCCGUGCUUCAGCUGCCGGACCUCCGCCUUCUGCUUCUCCGCCUGGUCUGCCAGCUCCUUCGCAAGACGGUCGCGCUCCGCGGCCGCCUAA